ACACACACAUGCUGCACAUGAGGCUGUUUUUAAAUCCAAGUGUGUCAUACACACUCCUUGGGAUUUACAGUCCUUUAUGCCUUAUUUCUUUAGCCUACAGUAAAAUUCCAGACACUCAUGUCACCUGCAUCUACUCUGAAGACUGCAUCCUGCCCUGCUCCUUCCUUCCCUCUGCUGAGGACGUGGUUAUUCGGUGGUACAAACAGGGGACGUUGAUAUACACUUUUUUGGAGGAUGAAGAUGAAGCUGAUGAUGGUAAUGUGUCCGUGUUCACUGAUGAGGUGGCGCAGGGAAAUGCCUCCUUGCUGUUGCAGGACAGCGAUAUCAAGAGCAGAGGACGUUACAAGUGCGUGGUCAACACAACCGAGGCUGUUCAGGAGUCCUUCGUCAUCGUCAGAGUUGAAGCUCUGAUUAGCAGCGUUGCUAUCGAGGCCACCCCCACUGCGCAUGUGCAGUGCUCGUCAAGUGGUGUUUACCCCGCUCCUGUGCUCCAGUGGUCCACAGAGCCAGACUUCGCUCCGGAUUCACUUCGACCCACCACGCGAAUGGGCGCAGAUUCGAAACAGCUGUUCAGGGUCGAGAGUUCAGUGAGGAAAAUAAACACCAGUGUGGAUGUUACCUACAUCUGCAGCCUCAGCUCCAAAUACAACUCACAGACAUGGAAAGCGUCACUGCUUCAAACAGAACUGACCGGAGUGGACGGGCAGGACCUGGUCAUUCCCUGUCAGGCUCUGAAGAAUCUGCACAGCUUUACACUCACCUGGACGUUUACGAGGCCGAACAGCCGCUCACACGUCCUGACUUAUCACAGUAAAACCAGGAAAACGAUAAACGACUGGGACGGGGAGGCAGAACUGGACCAGGACCGGGCUCAUAUGGGGGAUGGAUCCCUUCACCUUAAAAACCUCGACUCGGAACAUUCUGGAACGUACACGUGUGUGUUUAUGGACUCACAGGUCAAUCAGACGGUACAGACCGCGGUCAGGAUACGUGAUUCCAGUUCGAUAGCACAGACGGACAACAGUCAGUCCGGGCUGUGGGUGCUGACUGUCGUUGUGGCUGUGCUGAUUCUCCUCUGUGUCUUUUUAUUCAUUUGUUGGAAAUACAGAGGUAAAUCUAAACAUUCAGACCAAGACCAGCAGCAGGAUACAGAGAUGCAAGCUGUACAUAAAGCCAAUCCGGGGGAGAACCUACCAACAGAAAACUGCCCGCUAUCACAGAACAAUACAGAGGAUUUACAAUAGCUGCAGAAAAAAUAUAUAUUAUUUUUAAUAGUAUGUGAUAGACGUCAUGCAUUUGAACCAGAGAGGAACCGUCAGAACCCUUCAGGACCUCACAGAGUGCCUAAAAUGUCCUUAAAAUAAUAUAAUAUAAAUAAUAAUAUAAUAGGUGUUCAGUUCUUGAUUUAUCUACUCACAGUUUGACAAUCAGCAUUUAAACAAAUACAAAUCUGAGCGAAUUAAUCCUUCAUACCUGCCUGUUCAGUUUGUAUCAGGAUGUGAAGGGUUAAAUUAAAGACGCAGACACAAUCAUGUGUAUAAAGUGGCGUAAAAUCUAAAUAAAAUAAAAUAAAAUAAAACAAAAAAAUAAAUAAAUAAAACAAGCCUAUUUGUCGCCCCCUGCUGUUGAUGGUUGGUAAUUGGUGGUUCAAUUGAAACAUUUUCCCGGUCCAGAGCGUUUCGAUUCAAUGACAGACCAGUUUCAGAUUAGAGUAAAACUGACCAAUCAUAUUGUCCUAUUUUUCUAAAUGGGCGGGCUUUGUUAUCACUGACUUUAUGGCAAGUUCCGCCAGCUGUGCCAGCUGUGAUAAUAACAGUCUGCAGUGCAGAGCCGCAUGGGCGUGACUGUCAUGUAUUUUGUAGUACGUCUUGUUGUUUACAUAGUGCUUUCUAAGGCUGAAUUGGUCUGAGGGCCGACAUUUAAGGGCCCCGAUUCACUCAGUGAUAAUUAAACGGAAUUCACAUUGUGCACUAACGUUAACAUUUUGAUUUUUUAUAGA